AUGACCUUCUACCACAACGGGGUCGAGGGUGAGCCGGAAAUCGAGUGCGGUCCCACCUCAGUUAUUAUCAAUUUCAACACGAGAAACAAGUUUGAGGGACAGGUCUACGUCAAGGGGCUUUUCGACAAGGAAGAGUGCCGAAAUGCAGAAGGCGGUCGUGAGGUUGCCGGAAUCGAGCUCCCCUUCGAUACUUGCAACGUCGCACGAACUCGUUCUUUGAACCCUCGCGGAAUUUUUGUAACCACCACCGUGGUCAUCUCCUUCCACCCGCAGUUUAUCACCAAGGUAGACCGGGCCUACCGUAUCCAAUGCUUCUACAUGGAGGCUGACAAGACGGUUUCGACGCAAUUGGAAGUGUCUGAGAUCACUACGGCUCUGCAGACACAGGUGGUGCCAAUGCCCAUUUGCAAAUACGAGAUUUUGGAUGGUGGUCCAACUGGAGAACCCGUUCAAUUUGCGACCAUUGGACAGCAGGUGUACCACAAAUGGACGUGCGACUCCGAGACGACAGACACAUUCUGUGCCGUUGUCCACUCGUGUACUGUUGACGAUGGAAAUGGAGAUACCGUACAGAUCCUCAACGAGGAGGGCUGCGCGCUGGACAAAUUCUUGCUCAACAACCUCGAAUAUCCGACAGACCUAAUGGCCGGACAAGAAGCUCACGUUUAUAAAUAUGCCGAUCGAUCGCAGUUGUUCUACCAGUGUCAGAUCUCUAUCACGAUCAAGGAGCCCAAUUCCGAAUGCCCACGCCCACAAUGCCCUGAGCCGACCGGCUUCAACGCCAAGAAGCAGACCCCGAUCACCCCAUCUGGCCAACGGCAGGAGAGCCCAAGCUUCUUCAGGCUAGUU